UAUCCAGUAGAUACGCGAAGCUAUAACGGUACACAUGUUGCUGUCGGAUAAACGCGAACGCACUACGGUAAAGUGAAAAAUGUAGCCCAAUCCGUUAGCUCUAGGGUAUCCAUUAAAAUUGCGCGCACACACACACGCGUACAGGCGUAUAGCACAACUACAAUCGCAAUUGUACCUAUCAUCGUAUCUGUGAGUUUUGUGUGUUGGUGAAUUCAGGAUUCAAUUUCAAGUGUUUAUUACAACAACAACGAAAAAAAAAAACGAAGCACUUAAAAGUGGCACAAUACAAUUUAUUAAUUCAUAAUUCAUACCUACGAAAAAGGGACUAAAAGAAAAAACAUAUCAAGGAUAAUGUGUUAAACUCAAAUACCCCCAUUGAAUUUCAAGUGAAAUAUAUUUGGCUAGAACGGUUAGCCGGCUUAAGUUGCCCAGAUAGUUGGCAAUAGUUUAAGGGCUUGAAAUUACAAAAUUUAAAUAUUGGAUAUACCUUGAUUAUGUGAAUGAAACAAAUCCAAGAGUGGAAUGACUAAAAUAGCAACAACAAUGUCAUCCUCGUGCCUCGUGCUGACUUUGAAAAUCCGCUCCACUUAACUUCAACACUCCAAGCGACUGUCGUUGCCGUUGCCGUUGCUACUGCUGCUGCUGCUUUUGUGGCUGUCGUGCUUUGACUUCGUCGAUAAUUGGAAUUUACGACUGUGGCAUAUACCAACAAAAAGAACAAAAAAAAUGAAAAUAAAAACAGAGAAAAGGGAACGGAGAAUAUAUACACGGUCACAAGGAUAAAAGCCAAGCACGGGCCAUGAACGAGGCACGAAGCUAAGCCACUUUUUGACUCGUCCUCGUUGCUGUUUCUGCGGGCUGAAUUGUUUCAGUGACGGUGUCUGUUCCGUUGUCUGCUCAACCUACCUAAGCCCAAAUAGGAGCCACAGGAGGACUAGUGAGCAAUCCCUUUCUGCCCGUGCCGUGCCGUGUAAAAAUAUAAAUGCCCGUAGUGGGUGUGCGGUUGUGUGUGGGUGUGUGUCUGGAUAUAUAUUUUUUUUGUCUUCGUUACUCAAUAUGCCGUUCAAUUGGCCCUGUCACAGUCAGGCGCGCUGAUUUGUUAUGGUAAUAGUUGUCAAAACGAGAGAGAUUCAAGAGAUCUCUUUAGUGGGCACUUGAUUACACUUGGUCAUAUGAUAAAUGUAUGUGUAUUGUGUUCAAUAGUGUAGACAUGGAGUCUGGCCCGGGCCAAAAGCAGACAAAGAUUACAAUGUGUUUUCAGUGAACGUAAAUCUUGGCCAAUUAAGAAAUGGAAAUAAAGUUUUCGCGUGUGCUUUAACAGAAAAAUUAAAGAAUUCGCCAGCAGCUUCCCCGACCAACAUCAUCAGCAAAUACUUAUACAUACAUAUAUUUAUACCUUGAAUUUCAUCUGCAGAUCAAGCUCAGACGGCGUGUCGACUCUGAAAUGUAUACAAAAGUUACAGCCCCAGAAGCAAGUUAAAGCAAAUUCAAACUAAACUAAACCAAACAAAGCUAAAAACAAAACAGUUCAUCCAUUAAGCCCAGAGCAAACAAUAAUAAUAAAAACCAAAAACCACAACAAAAACUAUACUGUUAAAAACAACAACAGUUUAUGUAAAUUUUGGAAUAUUGAAUGAAUACAUUUCGUACAUUGCAUACAUAUAUACAUAUGCACAUAUAUUAAGUCAGCAAUACAUCGACAACACAGAGACUGGUAUCCUCAUCGUCGUCCUCAUUGUUAUUGCCAUCUGCACAAUCAAUAUUAUCCUACGUUCUUUUUGCUGGUGGCCGUGCGAAUGCAUGGCCAGCAAUUUGAUGCUCGGAAACAUGAAUGAAAAUGUGAUAAGCAGUCAAUAAAUAUGAGCAAAGACAAAAACUUAGCAAACGAGGACUUCCAGUGAACCAGAUAACAGAAAGCAAGCAGUAAGCCAUCCAGCCAGAGAACACAAUCAUGCAUCCUGAGGUCGGGGCCACGUUUGCAUUCAUUUGCCAACGAUUUAAGCAGAAGCCAAGCCUUCAACUUCAUCUCCAUGUUCCGGUUUCCCUGCACACCUCCGCAUCUGCCUGUGUCCCAUCACAGCAUGGCCGUCGGCGACGGCGAAGGUGGGAGGCAGAUGGAAGCAAGUCCUGCUCAUUUUACUCGUCCUCUUGGAAUCUUGGCAUAUGCCUGAUACUGCUGCUGCUGCUGGUAACUUGCCAGGUGCAUUGUUCGUAUCUGGAGCCUGACGAGCUUAUACACGAGCUGGAUCGACCGGUGCCUCUGACUUCGGUGCAGGGAGUACUUGGUCGACAAACUAUGCUGCCCUGCGAUAUAUCUCCCUUGGAGCGCGACGAUGCCGUCUAUAUGGUCCUCUGGUUUCGUGAGGGCGAUGGUGAACCCAUCUACAAUUUCGAUGUGCGAGGGCGGCAGUUCGGACAGGCCCGCCUCUGGUCCUCACCGUUGGCCUUUGGAACGCGUGCCCACUUCAGCAGUACCUCGCAUCCCGCCCAGCUGAAAAUCGACAACAUACGCAUAGAGGACGAGGGCGUCUAUCGCUGUCGAGUUGAUUUUCGCAAUUCGCCCACCCGAAAUCUAAAGAUAAAUCUAACUGUCAUUGUGCCACCAGACAGACCCAUCAUCUAUGGUCCCAGCAGGCAUGACAAGGCAAGCAAUGUCGAGUCCUUCAACGAAGGCAACGACAUUGUUCUAGCCUGUGAGGUUGCAGGCGGUCGCCCACGUCCGAAUGUUACAUGGUAUUUGGACAAUACGGUUAUCGAUGAGUCUUUCGAACAACGUCCCGAUGGCAAGACCAUUAACCAUUUGUCAUAUCCCAACAUUGGAAGGCAGCAUUUGAAUGCCAGGCUAGUGUGUGUGGCCAGUAAUACGAAUCUGACACCGCCCAACAAUCGAGUCGUCAUUCUGGAUGUAAAUUUAAAACCAAUGGCCGUGCAUAUUCUCACCAAGGAUCGGUUCAUUUCCGCUGAUCGUACCUAUGACAUUGAGUGCAAAAGUUCUGGGUCGAAACCUCCAGCUUUGAUUACAUGGUGGAAGGGUAGCAAGCAGCUUAAGAAACUUACAAAGAACUUUAAUGAACCCGAUAAUCAAUCUUUAAGUAUACUGACGUUUACGCCCGGUCGCGAGGACGAUGGCAAAUAUUUAACAUGUCGGGCAGAAAAUCAAUUCAUCGAAGGCAGCGCCAUCGAGGACAAAUGGCGUCUCAUUGUGCAUUACCAACCCACCACAUUGCUCAAGAUUGGCUCCUCUCUGAAUCCGGAUGAUAUCAAGGAGGGGGAUGAUGCCUAUUUCGAGUGUUUGGUUCAAUCGAAUCCCAAACCAUACAAGUUGUCUUGGUUUCACAACGGCAAGGAGUUGCAGCACAACAUCUCAGCUGGCAUUAUUCUGUCGGAUUCAUCUUUGGUUCUGCAGAGUGUCUCACGAGCCUCGGCCGGUGACUACACUUGCCUGGCUGUCAAUUCGGAGGGCAAAGGACCAAGUAAUCCGGUCACAUUGCGCAUACGCUAUGCGCCCAUCUGUGCCAACGAGCAUGAGGAAUUGUUGGGAGCUCUUAAGCACGAGAAAUUGUCAUUGAAGUGCAAAGUGGAUUCCUCACCGCCGGCAGAUUCCUUUUACUGGACAUUUAAUUCCUCCGGUGAGCAAACGGAGUUACCAGCCCGACUGCAUACCAGCGAGACGGGAAUGUCGCUGUUGAAUUACACUCCCAUCUCGGACUUGGACUAUGGUACUAUAUCCUGUUGGGGCAAAAAUACCAUUGGCAAGCAACAAAGUCCGUGCAUUUUUCAAAUUGUCGCAGCGGGUCGGCCCUUUCCCGUGCAAAACUGUAGCGUUAAUAACCAAUCGACAGAUUCGCUGCAAGUGGAUUGCAUGGAGGGAUUCGAUGGUGGUUUGCCGCAGGGUUUUCUACUCGAAUUGGUUGAGAUGAACACCCUUCGUUUGGCUAGGAAUAUUACUUUAUCGCAUGGUUCUCCCAGCUUUGUCAUAGACAAUCUGGACCAGGCCGGCACCUAUCGCAUGAUUAUAUUCUCAGUCAAUGCGAAAGGUCGCUCAGAGCCCACAAUAAUAGAUGACAUUAAUUUUAAGGGCGUGGCCAAAUUCACUGGAAUCUCCCCUGGCCUUUCUAUGCCACUUUCACCAUUUCUAGCUGGGUUAACUUUAUUCUGUGGACUUCUUUUUGCCAUCACUUGCAUCAUAGCGGCUGCCUUUUAUAGGAGAUUCUCAAAUCGGCGCAACGAUAACAAUCUGAAAGCCGCAAAGCACACACAAUUAUCCGUGGCCACGGACUGCCAGCUGGACCCGUUGCAUCCUAAUGCCCAUGCCAAUGGGCAGCAUGAACAGCAGGGGGGCAGUCAUCAUCAGCCCCACCACAGUCUGCUGCCCAUUAAUUGUGAUAAUCGCAGCGGAGCUGAUUGCCCCACCUUGGGAGUCGGCGAGGUGAGUGUGGCCAUUGAUGGCGGGGUCAAAGGCACCUCUCCUCUGGGCAGUAGCCUGCUGGCCAUGAACAGUGACACAUUGCGAUCAGCGGCGAGGACACGUCACAGUCCAAUUGGACUAGCCGAUCAGGCCGAUAUCGAUGAUACGGAUCCUGAUGUUAUACCAAAUCAGUAUGAAAAACGUCCUUUAAAGAGUCUGAUAGCUUCACCAGGCUAUGCCAGCCCAUCGUCUCGCCUUAUGCAGAGAGACUAUGUGCGUGAUGCUGAACUGGGGAAGAAUAACGGGGAGAAUGUAGGCAUGGUGGCCGGCCUUAAUGGGGCAGAAGGACUCUCCGGAAUUGGUCUUAUGAGCAAUUCUGGCAACGAGGUGCUCCACUACACGUUUAGGCCAAGUAAACAGAUCAGCUAUGCAACUCUGAAUAAGAAGGGCAUAACAACCUGUAGUCCGACGACUCUCGGUUCGAUGAACUACAAUGUGAGUACAUCGACGCCAUCAUCCUCAUAUCAUCUAACACCCCAGCCCAUGGAGGUCAGUUUGCUAAGUCCGAAUAAUCCAUCGGUGACAUCGUCGCUGAGCGAAUACCGAUUUCGAACUGGACCUGAAAUUGUCACCACUUCAAAUCGCAUACAGGAAAGUUGUAUAUAAAUAUCAUACCUACUUAUGCAUAUAAACAUACAUAACUAAGUAUAUAAAUACAUCCAACUAUUAUAUAUACUUAUGUCUGAGUGUACAAAAAGAGCAUACAAAAAAAAAAAAAAACAAAAACUGAUGAGAAACUGUAUUAAUACUUACAUUGAAUUAAUCGUAUCGAGUACUAAGUAUAUAUAUAAUAUAUAUGUAUAGCAGCAAGACCGUAUUUAUUCGCAUGGUUUGAGGAAAGACUUCUUUUAAAUGUAAGCAUUUCUGUGUACUUAAUGCAUUAAACCCUGAAUCAAUGCCAAAAGUGUGACUGUAAUACACUCGUAAUGUAAAUAAUCGUUGUCAUCUGUUCUUUGUUGUAAUGUACAGCCUAAUAUCAUGAACACGGAAAGACCCCCGCCCCCUCCCUUCUCUUUACAACCCAAAAAGUGAACAGGAACUCUACAUAUUUUCUUCAAGCAUAUCCUCUAAUUUCAUGUCAUGUCCCUUGGACCUACCAGGGGAGACGCAUUAAAAAUAAUAAACACAACAAAACCGCUGUCAAUCUAAUCUAACAUAUCGCCAUGGAUCCUCGACGGGGACUUGUUCAUAUCUAACAAAUUGCUUCUACAAGUUGUGGUUACUGUUGAACUGAAACUAAGAACUCGAUUCCAAUUAAAUUACAUAAUACAUAUAUAAAAAAAUGCCAUAAUAUUCCCUAUCCAUUUUAAUUAAAACAGGAUCUGCACUCUUCCAGACCUGGCAGAGUACUGCAGGAGUCGCAUUUGUGAGAAUAUCACUUCAUAUCCUCUGUGAAAGUAUUACCUACCUAUUGAUUUUUCUGUUUUUUGUUUAGGCAUAAGCGUAAUAAAACUAACUCUAGUUUAAUUCUAACACUUUAAGGUAUCUAUAGAUACAUGUACAUAUACUUUUAAGAUACUUUAAGUACAUAACUAUCUCGUCAAGAACUCAAAGAGGUAACGGCAAGAAUGUAUCCUUUGUGUAAACGACUAAUUGGAAUCGCAACGAUCACUUUUAGAUAUUAUUUGUAUAUACUCCAUCUAAAACGCAUAAAACAUAAUACUACAAAUAAUUAAUAAUAAAUCACUGUGAAACACAAAAGAGAGGAAAGUAAGGAAAAUGAAUAUCGAAAUAGAAACCGAAAAUAAUUAAAUUGUUUGCUUCUGUGUGUAUUGUUGCAUGAAUAGACUAUAUAUAAUCUAGUUGGUCGAUCGCCUAGCUGGAUAUAUAUGUAUAAAUAUAUAUAAACACAUACAUAUAUAUGAAGAAAACAAAAUUACAUUAAGCCAUUUAUAGACAAAUUCAACUUGGACAAGACCUUUUCAAAAGCUAAAAAGGAUAAGAAGUGCAUAAAUAAAUAUCUGAAUGUAUUUUAGUGAAUUUUCUGCCAAGGCAUAUAAUAAACAAAAAAAAGCAUUCAUACACAACCAACCAAAACAACAAACAAACAAAGAGAACAGAACAAACAUAAAUUAAUAUUAACAUGCGAAAGGAAAAUGCAAAGAUUAGUAUAAUUUAUCAAAACAUAGUUUUUGUAACUAUUAGGAAAAAUAUUAC